AUGGAGCGGGCGCUGCUGGAGCUGAACCUGCGGAGGGAGACGUGGUGCCGGGUGGAGGCGGACCCCCGGCAGGCCUGGCAGCGGACCGAGAGGAGGCACUACCGGAGCCACCUGCGGACCGGCCCGGCGCUCCGCAGCGCUCUGACCGGCGGGGAGCAGCCCCGGGCGGCCUGCGGCGCCCGGCCCCCGCCCGCUGAGCUCCCGGAGAGGAGGCACUUCGAGGACAGCUAUAAAUGUCACCUGGUGUGAUGAUCGCUCCCAGAUGUUCCACUCGGUCAGAUCCUGCAGACACACAUCAGAGUCUCCGGCGUCUAACGAUCUGAGUGGUGGUGAUUCGGGCGAUUAUGGCAGAAGUACGCAGCCGAAUGCAGUAUCUAAGGCCGGUUUACAACAUUUUCAAGUGAAAAUGCGACAUUCUCGCAGUGUUUUGGGCGUCUGUUUACACGAGGUUCAGAGCAACAAGCAACGCAAAACUAAAACGUAAAAAACGACGCAUU